AACGUGCGCGACGUUUUCGAGUGGCUCGGCCAGGGCCCCAUCCUCAAGCAGCUGCACUCGCCAAAGGUGGAAUACAAGAAAAAGCUGCUGACCCGCGGCGGUGGCAUGUUACGCGACCGGACGGCCGCCUUUGACAUGGAGUGCGACCCGGCGGAGGAGGUGUGUCGAAAAAUGCUGCCCGAAAUAUCGGAGCUGGAGCCGAUCGACGUCUCGCAUCUUCCGAGGAUUUCAACCGGCGCGAAAUGUCCAGAAUGCCCAUUCGUCGGUUUGGAUGGAGAGCACACACGCGUCCAUUACGCCAGGGAGCACAAGCAGCCGUUCUCGGAUUUUGACAGUCUGCGAACGCACGUUGCCGACGCCCACGCAGCUGAUGAGGAGUGCUACAAGUGUCCGACGUGCUGCGUCUCGUUCCAGAAGGCCGGCCAUUUCCAGAAUCACAUGGCCAGAUACCACCCGGCACUUGCUGAGCUCAUCAAA